AUGCAUCACCGGCUACCUAAGCAGGGAGAAAAAAAGGAGAUGUGGCUGACCACUAAGCAGCCGCUUUCCGCCAUCUCCGCGCAUCAUCACUACUCGAGCACAUCAUCCUCGCCCUCCGGCGCCUUGAGCGAGUCGAGUGAUGGCGACACCAGCAGCGGUAGUGAUAGCUACUCUUACUACUCUGAAGGAUUCGGCUCCUACCGCUCCGCGUCCUCCGUGUUGACUUCCUCUUGGGUCGCGACGACCACCAUUGCAGGCACGACAACCAGCACCUUCUCAGCCGUCUACUCGUCGUCCACGAAUGCGUUCUCGGAUGCGCUGACACCAACGUCGGUGGACUCGUACCCCUUGGUACCGACCAGCUGCGCAGUGACCCGCUCCGCUGUCUCCAGGCGCGACGCCGUUGGUGACAACGCUGCCAUAGGUGCCAGUGGCCUUGCCGUCUUUAAUCACCAUAACAAGCAAGUGGCGGCGGCGCUGGCACGGCAGACAGACUCCGCUACCAUGGCGAUCACCACCUUCAACGGUGUCAUAGUGAGAAACACCGGCGCGCUCGUGCGCACGCGGCGGUCUCGGAGCGGCUCGCCCUCGCCGCUCUCCGGCACCGUUGCUGCUGCUGCUGCUGUUGCUCCAGGGAAGUCGUCGAUGUCGCUUGUGGCACUGUCGCCCGUCUCUAACCGUGCCGCGGUGAGUCCUUACUACUCUGAGGACGAGCAGGUGCGCCACCUGUGGACUCCGGUGGACUGUGACGCCAUUGCGCACACGCGCAAGAAGAGGAGCGGUCGGGGUAGGUUGGCGCUCAGUGUGCUGGACAGUAUUCGCACAGUCCCGAUAGCGGUGCCGCCGCGGCCUGAGGAGGUGCAGCGACACGGUGAAGAGGACAGCCUGCCAUGUCCGAGCCACCUCAUGUUCCGCAGCGCGCCCAGUCCGUCACCGGUGCGCCGGAGCGACAGUGCUGUGGCCGAGGAAAAGGACGGCAAGGGGAAGGGGGACAGGGAAGAGAGGGCGGAGGUCCACGCCGCCACUGCCGCACACGUACGCAAGACCUCUUUCAUUUCCUGUGGUUUCUUCCACUGUUGCCGUGAAAAGGCGCCGCGCAAGACCGACAGUCGGGCGGUAAUGCGGCAGCGGUCGCACUAUCAUCUGCGUAGCCACCACGUGCCGCUGGUGAACUUCCACACGACGUGCGAGCACGGCAGUCCGAUGGAGGGCGUCCGCAACGUCUUGCCGAGCGUCGAAGAGACUGUUGGUUAUCGAAGUCUCGAGGACAACAUGAUGAGCACUGAGGCGUCUCUGAAGAAGCUGCAGAAAGGGAUGCAGCCACGAGACCGAAUCACCAGCAGCUUGCACCUCAAGAUGUCAUACGCCCUUGACCACCGAGCCGACGGAGGGCCGGACGGAGCCGGGCAGUCUGCCUUCAUGCGCAACGGCGACCCGCAGAGCUUCUGGAUGGUGCAGCUACACGAGCGUGCAAGCUUGCGCCUCGAGCCAGUUGAGAUCAGGGCGUACAGCAGCACAUGA